AAACUGAAACCAAACAUUCUUUUCCCUGAAAAUUUAAGCAACCAGAAUAAAAAUCCAUCAAUUUCUAGGGUUUUUCAUUUUAGGCGCCAUGAAUUAUUCCACCCGAAUUUUCAUAAUUCUAGUCAUUUCAAUCCAAAUUUCUCAUAUUUAUUCUCAAUCAGUUAUUCAAUCGCCACUAGAAAAAAAUCGAAUUAUUGAUAGAAAAACAUUAAUCAGAGAUACAACCGAUGAUGAUGAAAUCUUCUGUGAUAGCUGGAAAUUCACUGUAGAAACAAAUGAUGCAGGGAUUUGGAGUCGGAUUCCAAAAAGAUGUGUAAAAUUUGUUGGUGAUUAUAUGUUAGGUAUACGUUAUGCGUCAGAUUCAGAUCGAGUUUUAGAUUCUUCGUUAUCGUUUGCGAGAAAUGUUAAGAUUGCUGGUGAUGGAAAAGAUGCUUGGGUUUUUGAUAUCGAUGAGACAUUGUUAUCAAAUGUUCCUUAUUAUCAACUCCAUGGAUUUGGAUCGGGGUUGUUUGAUGAGAAAUCAUUUGAUGAAUGGGUGGAUUUAGCUGAGGCACCAGCUCUACCUGCAAGUUUGAAGCUGUUCUAUGAGCUUAAGCAUUUAGGUUUCAAGAUCGUUCUAUUGACAGGACGUUCGGAGUUUCAAAGAAGUGCUACGGAGAAAAAUCUCUUGUUCGCUGGUUACGAUGAUUGGGAGAAGCUCUUAUUAAGGAACGAUUCGGACAUAGGAAAAAAUGCUACAUUGUAUAAAUCACAGAGGAGGCAGCUGGCGGAAGAAGAAGGAUAUAGAAUUCAUGGGAACUCAGGUGAUCAGUGGAGUGAUUUGCUAGGUUUCGCUCGGGCUACAAGAUCCUUCAAACUCCCUAAUCCAAUGUAUUACAUUGCUUGAUUAGAUUACUUGUUAACCAUUCGAGUCAGGGAUGAUACGGAUAUAGGAAAAAAUGCUACAUUGUACGAAUCAGAGAGGAGGCAGCUGGCAGAAGAAGAAGGGUGUAGAAUUCAUGAAAACUCUGGAGAUCAGUGGAGUGAUUUGCUAGGUUUCGCUCGGGCAAAAAGAUCCUUCAAACUCCCUAAUCCGAUGUAUUACAUUGCGUGAUUAAAUUCUUGUUAACCAUUCGAGUCAGGUAACAGACAAGUAGAUGAUAAUGUGUUACCUUUGGAUAUUGGGUUCUGCUCAAAUUGCAUCAGAUAACUUUGCGAAUUGUGGUGUUAAUGUUGGAAACUUGUUAUCAUUCCUUAUUCAAAACUAGGCAGGAUAUGCACACAGUAUUCAGUAGAAUGAGUUUGCUUCGAGAUAAUACUCCAUUAAUUUUUAUAUUCUUGAUGUAAUUUUGGGGUUCAUUGAUUCUUAGGGCUCAAUCAUUGUUAAUAUCUAUUAGACAGAUGUUGGUGGAACUCGUUAUUGAACGAGCUGAGACUGAUAUUGUUAUUGUUUGCAUCA